AUGGGCCCCAUCCUCGAGCCCGGCGCCAUGCGCUGGAAGCAGGACUCGCGCACGCCCGGGCGCCAGGGGUCGAACACGUUCCUGGACAUUGGGGAGGACCGCUUCCACUGGCAGAAGCCCACGAGCGACGUCGACGCCUUCUACAACCUGCCGGACACGCUGGGGAAGAUCAGCACGCCCUUCGGGUCGAGCACGCGCACGGACUGGGAGGGCACGGUGAAGAACAAGCGCGACGGCGUCAACCCCUACGCGGGCCCGGGCAACUACAACACGAACAACUUCACGUGCCUCAGCACGUGCCGCGCGGCGCCGAACAACAAGUUCGGCUUCAGCAGCCGCCAGGCGAACCACCAGACGUCGAGCCCCGGGCCGACCUACGACAUCGAGGGCAUCUGGACGCGCGGCAAGGACCGGACCGUCGGCAUCGGCUUCAACAAGGACAACCGGAAGCCCAUGAUCAUCAACACGACGGACGCCCAGUACUACCCCAAGCUCGCCAAGACGUCGUCGGUGAAGAUGGGCACGAAGCUCAAGACGGGCUCCGCCUGGGGCAGCGGCACCGCGCGGUCGCCGGGCCCGAUCUACGACGUCCAGAAGUACGACUUCCGCACGGGGCCCCAGUUCAGCUUCGGCGGCUCCAACACUAUGCGCGUGCUCGCAAUGACCAUAGCAACAAUGGCCACAGCGCUGCGCGCGCCGCGGCGCCUCGCGACGCUCCCAAAGCGCCUCGCGCGACCGUCGCUGACCAUGCGCGCGCCGUGGGAGAAGUUCGCGGCGUCGGCGGACGCGCUGGCGCCGCGCGCGCUCCAGGGCGGCGCCGACCCGACGACGCUCGGCGAGGCCUGGCGCUGGGCGAAGAGCUACCGCUUCCCGGAGGACGUCUGCGAGUACGCGGGCGGCGACGCGGCGGCAGCCGUCGGCGCGGCGCUCGACCCGUCCGCCGCGGCCGUGCUCGUCUACACGGUCGCCCAGCUCGUCUUCGUGCUCCGCGCCGUGUCCCGCGUCCGCGCGCACGCGAACGGCGCCGCCGCGGCGCGCGCCGCGGGCGCCGGCGCGCCGCGGCGCGAGGCCGCGCUCGCGCGGGGCUUCGGGUGCCUGCUCGCGUGGCACGCGAGCCACUUCCUCGCCCACGAGUUCGAGGCAGCGUUCAAGACGCCCUUCGCCUGGUUCGGGUCGCACUACUUCUACGUGCUCGGCAUGUGGCAGCUCGCCGCGGCGCUGAACAGCCGGCGCGCCGGCGCGUCGCGCUUCGGCGCCUACGUCGUCGGCGACGGCGUCCUCACAACCUGGGGCGGCGACUACAUUGGCCUCGUGUCCGGCGUGGCAUACGGCGCGCACGCGAUCCGCGGCUGCGACACGGGCGACGCGCGCACGGACCGGCGCGUGCGGCGGCUCAUCACGUUCCUCUCCGUCGCGUCCGCGUCGCUCUUCGGCCUCGUGGAGAUCCUCUUCUGCCACCGGCUCCAGCGCGUCCGCGGCGGCUUCGGGUCCGCGCACCUCUUCAUCGAGGCCUUCGUCAUCUUCGCGUCGAUCAGCUUCAGCCGCGCGGCGGAGACCGUCGUCCGCCGCAUCCCGGCGGCGAAGGCCGUAGGAGGCGUGUAA